CAAGCACAGACUGAUUCCCUUGUCUACUGGCGUUUUGUUCCCUUUCAUUAUCUCCUGCGACUUGUUCCCCUCACAUCGAGAGGCUGAAGCUCCACUCAAACGCGCUCUGGCACAGACAUCGCUCCAACACCGCCUCCUGUUGAGUUUUUGUCCCAGGGGCGUUAAAGGCGCAGUUGGUGAUAAAAGCUGAGGCGCACUUUCAACAGGAGCGCAUAGCUGAAGGGAAAGGAGGGGAGGGGGCGGCCCCUUCAGGACACCUGCGUGUCCUCUCCGAGUCCUCCUUCAUUGGGCACUUUUGCUCCGCUGAACGGAACCCGUUUCCAGAUUUCUCCGCAGAGCGCGCAUCAUGCGCGCAAACCACAGCGGCAGACUCCGUCGUGCGCCACCUCCUCUCUGACCGAGCGAGGCGCACCGAGACCCGAUGGACGCAAAGUUCCCGCUGGUCCAAACUUCGCGGCUCGGCCCGGUAUGAUCGUUUCCAACGCGAGCCUGAGCUGCGCGCGAUGUCCCGGAGAAGCGACGACGGAGGCGGACGGAGGGGUGUCGGGCUCUCUGUCCGCUCGCACCCUGAGCCCGACGGGGCACCUGGUGGUGGCGGUGUGCCUGGGCUGCAUCGGCACUCUGGGCUUCCUCAGUAACUUCCUGGUGCUGGCGCUGUUCUGCCGGUACCGGGCACUGCGCACGCCCAUGAACCUGCUGCUGGUGAGCAUCUCCGUGAGCGACCUGCUGGUCAGCGUGCUGGGGACCCCGUUCAGCUUCGCGGCCAGCACGCAGGGGCGGUGGCUGAUCGGACGCGCUGGAUGCGUUUGGUACGGCUUCAUCAACGCGUGUCUGGGCAUCGUCUCCCUGAUCUCCCUGGCGGUUCUGUCCUACGAGCGCUACUGCACCAUGAUGUCGCCCAACAUGGCCGACGGCAGAGACUUCCGGCCAGCGCUGGGAGGGAUCUGCUUCUCGUGGCUCUACUCCGUGGCCUGGACGGUGCCCCCGCUGCUAGGCUGGAGCAGAUACGGCCCCGAGGGGCCCGGCACCACUUGCUCUGUUGAUUGGAAGACCCAGACUCCAAACAACAUCUCCUACAUCAUCAGCCUUUUCACCUUCUGCCUUGCCCUACCCUUCGCCGUGAUCGUCUACUCCUACGGCAAGCUCCUGCACGCCGUCAGACAGGUGCGCAGAGUGAGCUCAGUGGUGACCCGUCGCAGAGAGCAGCGCGUGCUGGUGAUGGUCAUCAUCAUGGUGGUCUGUUACCUGGUCUGCUGGCUGCCUUACGGGGUGGCGGCUCUGCUCGCCACCUUCGGCCCCAGAGACCUCCUGACGCCGGAGGCAAGCAUCAUGCCGUCGCUGCUGGCCAAGUUUUCCACUGUUGUCAACCCUUUUAUAUACAUAUUCAUGAACAAACAGUUUCACAGAUGUUUCCGGGCGUUCUUCUCCUGCUCCGCUCCAGAGCGAGGCUCCACCUUAAAGACAUUUUCUCGACCGACGAAGACGUUUCGCACCCCCCGCCAGCAGAGGGACCUCCAGGUGACCGCCCCCGCUCCGUCAACGGCCGCGCCCACGCCCAACUCCGUGCACGGCUCCUCGCAGGGGGCCAAGCACGCGGCGAACAGCGGCUGCUCUGCUGCAGAAGCCGCGGACGCUGCGGGCCCCAAACCCAAACUGGUCCUGGUGGCUCACUACAGGGAAUAAAGAGAAAAAGCAACAGGAGCCCAUCAUUCACGAAGGAGAGACAGAAUAAAGGGAGCAGGUCUCCGCAUAAGACAAAGCAUCUUAAUUAGAAGAGGACUGAAAAUGCAGAACGUGCUGGGGGCCGUUUAAUCCCAGAGAAACGCGCGCAGAAACAAGAGCUCUGUGUACAAAGCAGACAGAAGAUACGAAGAAUAUAGGGCUACACGCAGUGCUUUGUGUUGACGCUACACACCUUCCCCACCCGGAUUUACCAGCUGAAUCCCACUCAAAGGAGCACAACCAUAAAAUCACACACCUCUGCCUGAAGUUGAGCUAAACGGAGACCAGAGGGAUCCAUCUUUAACCGUCCCUGUUAAGACUUUGUUUAGACAGCUGUUUGUCCACUUUGGUGGGAAAAGAUUACCCCCCCCCCC